AGGCAGUGUGUGUAACAGUACAGCAGAGUGGAGUGAGGUGUGGUUGAGGUGUUUCCCGUCUAUAAGCGGAGCGACAGGAACUACACACCGCGCAAACCCACCGGAGAGAAACAGUCAAAGCUAGCCGGUUAAGUAACGAGCCACGAUGCUUUCUGUCACAGCCCCCCUCAUUAGGUCCAGCCGCGCCGUCCAGUGCUCUGCCAGGCUGCUCCACACGUCUCCUCUUGCCAAAAUGCCAAUUCAGGUGGGUGCACAACUUCCAGCUGUGGAGGUCCAGGAGGGCGAGCCUGGAAACAAGGUGGCUAUGGAUCAGCUCUUCAAGGGGAAGAAAGGAGUCCUCUUUGCUGUGCCCGGAGCUUUCACCCCUGGUUGUUCCAAGACUCACCUCCCAGGUUUUGUGCAGCAGGCUGCAGACUUGAAGGCUAAAGGUAUCCAAGAGGUUGCCUGUGUGUCUGUCAAUGAUGCAUUUGUCAUGGCUGCCUGGGGAAAGGAGCAUGGAGCAGAUGGUAAGGUUCGAAUGCUGGCUGAUCCCACUGGAGCAUUUACACAGGCUGUUGACUUGUUACUUGACAGUGAUCAGAUUGUACAGGUACUUGGGAACAAGCGAUCCAAGAGAUAUUCUAUGUUGGUGGAGGAUGGAGUUGUGAAGAAGAUCAAUGUGGAGCCUGAUGGCACUGGGCUGACCUGCAGCCUGGCUUCCAGUAUUCUCUCUGAGCUGUAGGCUUUUUCGCAGCCUAUUACACCCAACUGUUAACCUUUAGUUACUGUAAAAGUUGCACUAACAAAGCCCAGGUCCAACCUGUUCAAGCUUCCUCCUCUUCCCAAAGAUGUAUGCAAAUGCCUCAUGCACACUAGUACUGAAAACAGAGCUGGAAGGCACUUAAUGCGCACAAAUAUGAGAUGAAUGGCAUUCCAAAGGACUGUGCAUCAUCCUCUGUAUUUUGUUCCUUGAUAGUUAAUAAAAGUCACCCUGAAAGCAAUAA